GUGCGCCGCCGCCUGCCUCACACCGCUGUGUCAGCACACCCUCCGAUAGCGCUCUUGCGGCAUCUCGCUUGCCGCACCGUCAACGUUCACAAUCGUUGCCAGAGCGGCAACGUUGGUGUGCCAGUCAGCAGCGGCGGCCCAGCCCCCACCAGUGUCCUUACCACAGUGCCUCUACCGGCCAGCGUUGAAGUUCCGACGCGGCCUAUACUCCGCCCGAACCACAACAUUCCGCCCACCCAGGAUACAAAUAUUGUAGUGCCUCGUAAUAAAAUUAAUAUUUUUCUGGCGUCAGCCAAGAUCCAUCCCAAAGUCUGCCCGAGGAGGUUCAGCAUCUGACCCAUACCCAUCCGGCCCUCACGACCCCAGAAUACCUGCCCCGGCAGCUCCACGCCCCUCGGACACAUUGCCCACUUCACGCUCAUCCGCCUCCCCGAUUCCGCGACCCCACGCGCCGCUCGACAUGAGAUGAUUUGUGUUUUGUGUGAUUUUGUGUGAAAGUCGUGGGAAAAUUUUGACAAGUUGUGCCAGGAAGAGUAGUGUUGUGGCGCGGCCGCGCUGUACAGUUCCCGGGUAAAGGAAAGCGCCCACAAUACCAGGUGAAUUUGGAGUGAAUUGGGGUGAGAAUUUGGACAAAAAAGGCCAAACACGUAGGCUUGUCUGACCAUUUAUCAAAAGCGAGAAGUCGCUACGAGGAAAAGGGGAGACCUGCCAGAACCAUGGCCGACAAUUUAUAUUAAUCUAAGAAAACAUACAAAGGUGACAAGUUUUAAAAAAUCCGCCGGGAACUCUCCAUUGGUUCCCAAGUCUUGUGCUGUCACAGUCGACCGAAGAUCAUCGAAAUAGAAGGUCACAAGAAAGCAGCAUCCAGGUCCCUGCGCGUCCCUCUUCUGCAGUGUUGUGCCUCACUUUCAGGCCGAGCUGGUAGUUCCUCAGGGCAUUCAUUGGAAGCAGUCAGUUCUGUGAGAGUUGUUCUGCUUGUGGACGAGUGGCAUUGUGUGUGAGGGAGGAGAAUAGUGACAGGAUAGCAACCAACAGAAGCCUUUCCCUUGCACCUAACAUGAGCAUCCCUUUGUAGCGCUGCCCAGUGAACAGCUACUCACGCCACCACACUGCCACCGCGCAUACAGCCUAGAAUGCAAUGGAGGUAGUGAGUGUAGCGGCCAGCGUGGGCGAGGUGCUGGGGGGCCCUCAGACACCCACCCCGACCACCUUCACCCACGAUCACACCCUCCACGCCCACACCGAACACACAGAUCGAGUUCGAACAGACGAAGACGAAGACGAAGAUGAGGGAGACUCAAGGAUGGACACAGACCAGGACGUGGCCGUGGUCGAGGAUGGCGUUCCUUGCGAGCCGGAAGAAGCGUCCGAGGAGACUUCUGAGGUGGACAUCGCCAUACUCAACCCUGACAGCCAGACUCACGCCCUCGAGGAAGAGUCCAAUCCUGACGCGGACUCUGCCGUCCAUGAGGAUGACGUCACUGGCGACCACAUGGACUGUGACGAUUCGGAGAACGCUCCCAUGUAUAUAGAUGACGAUUCAUCCUCGCGCGCCUAUCCUGAGACUGUCAGUGACAUGCCUGUGGGCUCCCCGUCAGCGCCCAUGCCUAUGCCCGAGGCUGGGCGGCGCAACAAGCGAAAGAACUUUAAACCGCGCAAUAUUGUGUACGCUUACACGGACAGCGAGGACAACGAAGGCACGAGUGAUGCUGAAACACGUGCCCAGCACCCAUCCUCUGACUCCCACUUCGAUCCCUCCACCUCUGACCUGCCUCUCGACCUAUCCGAGACGCCUACAAUGCGGCGCUCUCUCCUGCCUCGCCGCCUAGACGAGGCUGUGGAUUUGACGGGCUCCGCGGGCGUGAACGUCGGCGGUGGCGGCGGCGGGAACAGCCCCAGUGCCCAUCCCCGCCUCAAUGCCCUACUGUCCCGCUCUACCUCGCCCGGCCAGCAGGAGGAGGGAAGCGGAGGCAUGCCUGGAGAAGGAGGACCAGGAACAGGAGGGGCAGGUGGAGGACUAGUAGGAGGCGGUGCUGGAGGAGGCAGCAACGACGGCGCAGAUAUGAAAGAAUACGCUGAGCUGACCAUGCGUCGGCUGCUCGGCCUCUACGGCUUCAACGACCUCUCCGAGAACCUUGCGCUGUCCCCUGCGGCUCUCUAUCAAGGCAAGCUACUGGAGACUCUGAAGAACAACGGAGUUGGCGGCGGAGGGGGUGAGGGUGGAGGAGAGCCGCCGACGCCCCCACACACCCCACAGCGAGAAAACAUCAACAUAGCGACCAGCGAGGGAAUCGCCAUCCGGCCGCCGCCCCCGCCCCUCGACCCCCUCCAGCAGCAGGCACUCCAGGCUAGGAUGCUGGGUGGAGGAAACUUUUCGACCCUCCUAACUCUAGCAGCUCUUCAGGAGGGUAAGGGCGGUCACGGCGUCCCUCUGCCGCCCACCCUGGACCCACACAAGAACAUCACCACGCCCACUACGUCCACCACAGUGACUCCGGGUCUGGCGGGCCUGUCCUUGGGCUCCGUGGGGCCGGCACCCUCCCAGCUACUCACCGGCAGCAUGGGAGUACGAGACGCCCUCGCCAAACCCCAAAUUGAUUAUUCCCGCUAUGUGAAGCCCUUCAGUUCGGCCCUUGAGUGCGGCAAUCUCUCCUGCAGGGAACAUAAUUUAAGAGAACACUUCCAUUGCCUCGAGUGCAGCUGCAAAGUUUUCAGCAAGAAGGAGGAAAUGAUUCGACACUUCAAAUGGCACAAGAAGCGGGAUGAGAGCCUCCAGCACGGCUUCAUGCGCUACUCUCCCUCAGACGACUGUAGUGACCGCUUCUCGAACUGUUCUCACAACCGAAAGCAGACACAUUACCACUGCCUCAAGGAGAGCUGUGACAAGGUUUACAUCAGUACCUCAGACGUCCAGAUGCAUGCAAACUACCAUCGCAAGGAUUCAGCCAUCUUGCAGGAGGGCUUCCAGAGGUUCCGCGCCUCUGAAGAUUGCGGCCUGCCAGCGUGUACCUUCAGCGGCCAGCGCACCACCCACUUCCAUUGCAUGAGGAGUACCUGCCAAUACACUUUCAAAAACAAAGCUGACAUGGUGAGUGUCCUGAAUUCAACAAUCGAUUUUCAUCCCUGUGCAGAGAAGCAUAAGACGUACCACAUAAAGGACGAGCAACUCACCAAGGACGGAUUUAAAAAGUUUAUGAAGCAAGAAGAAUGUCCUUACGAAGGCUGCAAGUUUUCGCGGGUCGUCAACCACAUUCACUGCAUCAGACCAGAGUGUAACUACGUCCUGCACUCCUCCGGCCAGAUCUUUGCCCACAAGAGAAAACAUGAACGUCAAGAUCACGAGAGAGCUUACAGGAAAUACAAGCUUGCGCAGACCAUGCUUGGAGUACCUGAGGGUCAUCCAGCCCUCGCUCCUCUCCUGCACGAGGCAUUACGCCCUCUUAGUGGUUCAUAUGGAGGACCCCUUGUCAAUCCCCUUAUUGGUCCUAUGGGAGGCCCCUUGGCUGGUGUUCCCAUGUGUCCUAGUGAUCAGAGAAGUGAAGAUUCCUCGUCCCCAUUAGGACCGUGUCCCACCCCCAGCACCCCUGGCACCCCUGGUCCCAUGCCUUCCGGCCUUCAACGUACCCCCGGCUUCCUGAUGGGGGGUUUCCCUCCUCCAGGUCUUGCUGAAUCCCAGCAUCCGUUGGCACGUCUCUUGGGUGUCACUCCACCGGCAGCUCAUGGGCUUUUCCCUGGGGGCUCCGCCACUAGCACGGCUUCCACGCCAUGCUCCUCCUCCUCAGGGACAGAAUCUCCUGUAGACCUGAGGCUGGGAAUGGGCGCCGGCGAGGACAGAGACUGGGAACGAUGGCUGAGGUACAUCGGGAGAGAUGACCCGUGUCACCCGAGCUGUGACUUAUCCAACGUAGAGCAUUGGCACUGUGAUGAGUGUGAAACAGUGUUCCGUGGGCGCGAGAGUGCACGGGAGCAUGGACGAGUGCACGAGCAGCAAACACUAAUCACUGAUGAACACUACACCAUGGUGACUUCGGCCGAUGACCCCCGUCCCUGCCCCCCUGACUGUCCCAUCCAGGACCACGCCGACCACUACCACUGUAACUGGGAAAGUUGUGGCGAGGCCAUCCUGGCAGCAGGGGACAAACCCUUCCGCCGACUGGAGCACUUCAGGAUGCACGACUACGCCCGCCGCCUCACUCUGGCAGCCCCAGGCUCAGGUGGUCCCAUGGGUGUGGCGUCCGUCACUUCCGUCGACGCCAUGUUCAAACGUAAACGCGGAAGACCACCCAAGAACAGGGUGAUCGAGGUGUGGAAUGACUACCUCCCAGUAUCGAGUGGUCAUGACUCUCCGCAAGCCAUCUUUACCAGCUUUAAAUUACCCAAGAACUCUCCUCCACCUCAUGGGGCAGUUGGAUUACCCAUGGGUCCACAUCCCAUGACGCCACUGGGACACUUAGCACAGAUGGGACGCGAGGCCUCACCGCCUCAGUUAUCAAUUCCCUGCAGCACUACAACUAGCUGCACCACCACAACCACCGUCAGCCCCUGUGCCACUGCAGUGCCAUCAGCCACACCCGGAGGCCCCCAGCCAGUCCUCUUGCCCCUCAACGGCCCGCUGCUCGUUAAUCCGCUCCAGCCACAGGCGGAGAUAAUGGACGGGUUCUAUCCAUUUGGUGAAGGCAUACCUUGCCCGGACCAACUUUGCCCUCUGCUCGGUCGCCGUCACUACCACUGUGCCCACCCUCGUUGCCUCUACGUCACCUCACACGCCGAUGUUCUGACCCUUCAUGCCCAUGACUUCCACGAAAACACACCCAUCCCUGAAGGCUUCAUCGCCAUCGACCGCAAUAUUGACUGCCGCUCACCCAACUGUCAAAGCAAUAAGGUGAAUAAGCACUACCACUGCACCCGCUGCGGUUUCUCCUUCGUGCGCUACCAAACCCUUGAGUCUCACGCAGAGAAGCAUCAACAGGAAGAAGAAGGAGGUUCUUCACACAGCCUUGGUCCUCAAUCUCCCAUCUACCUGAAGAAGCCGCGUCCCGACAGUCCCAUGGACACCCCCGCUGCCAGUGGGGACCCUGAGUCCCCCAACAAGGCACAAGAUUUUUCCCCUCCAGUGGUGAAGUCAUCCGGGACAUUCUAUCCACUGUCACCCUUCCCUGUGUCGACUCCAGCCAACAUGAGAUCAUCAUCAAACACUCGAGGAGAAGCUGGAGCCCUUGUAACACCCAUUCCGCCAUCAUCACGUCCUCAGAACUCAACAACAUACACUCUCCCAGUGUCCGGCAGCCUUACCAUUACCGCCACCCGCCGCUCACCCCUCCCUUCAGAUAUGCACUCACCUAUUAGAGACCGUAUGGAGCAGGUUGAGUCAGAGGAACGUCCAGACCAAGAAUCUGAUCAGCUUCGUCCUAUGAGUCAACAAGGAGACCUUUACCCGGGCCGCAUCUUACCGAAUCUAAACCGAGAGCAGGCACCACUGGCAGCAGCUGCUGCAGCAGCCGCAGCAGCUGCAGCAGUAGCUUUGGGCUCUGACUGGCACAUUCCAGAGCGCCACCCACAGUACGGUCCAGAAUUUUCAUGUGGAAGGCCAUUCUGCAAACUGAAGAAAAAGGAACAUUUCCAUUGCCAAAUUUGCAAUCAAGCCUUUAGUGAAUACGAGAGGUUAAAACCUCAUCUUCUUAAACAUGCAACUGGCGGCCCAAUGAACCCACUUGGGUUCUCUAACACGGGAGACGAGGAAGUGGAAGCUUCAACAGAGCAGGAAGAAGAUGGAACAAAUAUUCAACCUAAAACGGAAGUCAAUGAUCUUCCCAGUAGUCCAAGAAGCCCAGUUAAUACAUCAAGCUUCAUGGGAACAACACCAAGCAUCUCUAUCAGCAGCCCAAGGCAGCUUAACAGCAAUGUCAUUAACAGUAGCAGCGGCCUCACUGGACCACAGACAGUACCACAGUUCCCACUCGUGUACACUCAAGCUGCAAGCUUCCCUGGCCUCCCAUCUCCAUUCGGACCUCAUCUAGGUAUGGCGGGAAUGUUUCCCGGUUCCUUACCACGCAUGCUACCCCCAGCAGCCUGGCAGGUCCACCCAACUCUCGCUGCUAUGGCCCACCAGAACCUCAUGUUUCCGGGAGUUCGUCCUAAUGGGGAUCUGACUCACGGAUCACCAGGACAUGGAGGAUUGUCAGGGCUGCACGGAUCUGGCCCAGAUCCCAACCCGCUUUUAUCCUCCUCCCUUGGAACCUCCCCACACUUGGCCAUGCUGGGAAAGAGACUUGGAGCUGAUGACUUCAAUUCUCAAGAAGCCAAGAAGAUACGCUCCAACGCCUCUUUACGUUUACUCAAGGAUGAACCAGUACCAGAUGGUUAUAUUCGCUUCAGGUUCAACGAGGAUUGCCAGUAUCCCCACUGCGGGUACCGGGAGCACCAGACUCACUUCCACUGCAUGAGGAAAGACUGCGGCUACUCCUUCUGCGAUAAGACGCGCUUCGUGCAGCACACGGCACGCCACGAGCGGCUCGACACACUCAUGGGAGGAGACUUCAACCAAUUCCGUUCAAAUGUCUCCUGCGGCCGUCCUGACUGUGUAUACGCCUCCAUGAUAGGGCAACAACAGAACAAGGCAUCGCAUUUCCACUGCCUCAAGUGUGACUUCGUGUGCACCGACACCAACAAAGUGGUGGCGCACCGCAGACAACACCAGAAGCGUGACUCUAUCAAUGCUGCUGGCUUCGAGAAAUUCACGCCGUCCCAGCCUUGCGGCAUCCAAGGCUGCAACCACAACCAGAAACAGACCCACUACCAUUGCCUCAAGUGCCAGUAUUCGGUGUUAGGUCUCAGUCAGAUGUCUGCACAUAAAUUCAGACAUCUGGAAUGAAAUUUAUUUGGGGAGUAAUCUGCGGAGAGGCUCCCCAUGUCUCCAUCGGAGGCAUUACAACUAUUAUUUCUUGUGUGUGUGUGUGUGUGUGUGUGUGUGUGUGUGUGUGUGUGUGUGUGUGUGUGUGUGUGUGUGUGUGUGUGUGUGUGUGUGUGUGCGUGCGUGCGU